CUUCAUACAACUCACAUUGAAAAUGAGAGCCAAGUGGAGAAAGAAGCGCACUAGGCGCUUGAAGCGUAAGCGCCGCAAGACUCGUGCCCGAUCCAUGUGGUGGAAAGUUUUGGAGGAAGCAGGAUCGGUCAACAAUGCAAUGUCGAUUUGUUCAUUGAGGGUUUAUGAACCAAUACGUCAUGGGAAAGAAGCUGCCUCUGAUGCUAAAUGCCUUUAUGACUACCAACCCGAUAGGAAUGAAUAA